AUGUCAGAAGCAUGGUUACGGUUUGCAAAAUAUUAUCCACCAAACCAUAAACAAAUAGGUAAUGACCCUGAAUAUAGAAAUUUUAAAGUUCAAUUAGCAUUGUAUAAAAAGAAUCGUGCAUCAUUAAUUAUCCAACAGACAUAUCGUUUAUGGAGAAGACAAAUUAAUUCUGCUAAAAUAAUUCAGCAUGCAGUAAUUGAAUGGAUUUAUCGACCAGGUAUACCGGCUAGUCGUGGAAAAAUCAAAGAUACUAGUAUGUUAGUACAAACGCACCUCAAAUUAGAGUACCUUGAUUUCGCCCAUGAUAUGGCUUUUCGAAACGAUUUUCUUAUUGUAGCUAUUAUCAGGUCUUCUCCAAAUUUAAAACAUUUCAAUAUUUCCCAUAAUGAUGUCGGCGAUGAGGUUGUUGAGGCACUAGCUCAUACAUGCCACGAAAUAGAAUAUCUUGAUCUUGAAGGUCUUGCUCAAGCCAUGAGUGUAACUCGCCCCUACGGGCCUGAUCAAGGACUACAUCGAUCGUGGCAAGGGCUUUAG